UUAGUGCGGAGUAGUGACGAGUGCUUGACGACACUAGAUUUACAUAUCGCCAGACCAAUGGGUGAAGCAUACUCUGCAACCCGCCCCUGACCCAUAGCUAAUCAGCUUGAUGCGCCAAAUUUUGAGAGAGGGCUCCAAGUGGGAAACAACAACGCGUUAGAGAAGAACCUUUAUCCUAUUCUCUGAACAUGUCUCCCUCACCACCCAAGAGAGUCCACACCGAUUCAACGAACAACAGUUCGGAAAAGAGAAUAAUGCGGAUCUCGAUCGAGGGGAAUAUUGCGGCGGGAAAGUCUUCGUUUGUGCGCCUCCUGGAGAAGGAGAACAGCGACUGGGCUGUGGUGCCCGAGCCCAUCGCUAGGUGGUGCAACGUGCAAACAAAGCAGAGCGAUUCUGAGGAGCUGACCCAGUCUCAGAAGAGUGGUGGAAACGUGCUGCAGAUGAUGUACGAGAAGCCGGCGCGGUGGGCCUACACGUUCCAGUCAUACGCGUGCAUGAGCCGCGUGCGCUCCCAACUCAACGGGCUCAACGGCAAACUGCGUGAGGCCGAGAACCCUGUGCAGUUCUGCGAGCGAUCCAUCUACAGUGAUAGGUACAUUUUUGCAACCAACCUCUAUGAGAGCGACUGUAUGAAUGAGGAAGAGUGGGCCAUCUACCAGGACUGGCACGGCUGGCUGCACACUCAGUUUGGCAAGCAGAUCGAGAUGGAUGGCAUCAUCUACCUCAGAGCUUCUCCUGAGAGAUGUAUGGAGAGACUGCGCAGACGAGGCCGUACGGAGGAGCAGGACAUUCCCCUUGAGUACUUGGACAACCUCCACUUGAAGCACGAGAGCUGGCUGCAGCACAAGACCAUGCCGAUGGAAUUUGAGUUUCUCAAUAAAGUGCCAAUUCUGACACUGGAUGUAAACGAAGACUUUAUCUGCAAUGAAGAAAAGUGCAGUAACAUGAUAGAGAAGGCGAAGGAGUUUUUAAGCAGCAUCUAGAAGUCAUCUGAGGAGAAGGAGAGUGGAUUUUAUUGACAACUGUUAAACAUUUGUGUGUGACAAUAUUUCAAUUAUUUGAUGUUUUAUAUUUUGUAUUGUAUUUUCAUGUGAACACUUCCAUGAAAUUCUUUUAAGUGCCCAGUACUAAUAAAGAUGUAUUUAUUUUA